UCGAACGGGUUAUGACCCAGAUGGGCGGCGCCCUGCGCUUUGAGCCUUGGCUUGAGAGUCGUCUCGAUGCCCUUGGAUUAGAUGGACGAUGUAUACGGUGGAUAUAUACGAGGCGUAUUAAGGGAAGCGGAGUGCGAUGCAGAGCGGCUGGAAGGUCUAGCAGGGGCCUUGGCUGCGGGGGAACCGGAUGAAGAUGUAUUACAAGAAGUUUGUAAAGAAAUAAUUAAAAAAUGGUCAGAGGCCCAAGAUAUUGAAAUCAGCGAGAAGAAAGAAGAUGAUAUCCGAGCCAUCACAAACAUAAUUGAAAAGCAGGCACAAAUUGUUGUGAAACCUAAAGAGGUCUUGAAGGAGGAUACACUUCAGAAAGCUGCUCUCCUGGCACAAUAUGCUGAAGUAACAGAUGAUGAGGAUGAAGUAAAUGUACAUGAAGAUUUGGGAGCAGCAGCAAUGCCUAUUGCUUCUAACAAAUCCUUGUUCAAAAAUACAAACCUGGAAGAUGUUAUGAAUGCUCGUAAGCUGGAGAGAGAACAUCUACGUGAUGAAUCCCAGCAAAAGAAAGAGCGGGACAAACUUCAGCGGGAGAAAGACAAGCUGACUAAGCAAGAACGCAAGGAGAAAGAGAAGAAGAGAACACAAAAAGGCGAGAGGAAACGGUAGCCAAGAACAGCUGCUGGACUUUCUUCCCCUCCAUUAUCUGAAAAAUGGCACAGCAUGCACAUUCAGCCAGAAUGAUCAAGCAGAGAGAAGCUUUUUGAACAUUUUUCUUUGUUUUUCCAAAGCAGCAGCAUGUACUUGGCAAGAUUUGCAUGGGAGGGGAUGUUUUCUCUCUCAUGAUAAAAACUUUGAUUUAAAUUUUUGUGUAUACAAUUUUGCUGUCCAAGAAUUUGGCUGAAUUGCCAUAGCCAAGAUCUAUAACCAAAGAAUUGGUGACUUUUUGUUUUUCUUGUUAUUUUCUGCUCUUAUUAAAUAUUUUCUUGAAAACUGUAAAGUUAAGGAACUUCUGUAAUAUUCAGUCCACCCAAAGGUAGUAGAAUUGUUGAGGAAAAAUCCAGUUUGCUACAUGUAUUUGUCAAGAAGAGAUAACAAGCCAUGAUGAGUGUAUAAGGUUGGAUUUAGCACAAUGCUAUAAACAUCUGACAUCAAUAUGAGACAACAUAUUUCAUUUGUUCAGGAUUGGCCUAAUAAUGUGUGUGUGAGACUUGA